AUGCUCGAGUGCGUUUCCUUCGACAAGCGCGAAAUGAUAUCUUUGGGUCGUCUCAGCAGCACAGUGGCUGGACGUGACACUCCGUCCACCCUGGAAAGCAUUUUAAAGCAGCUGGUGACCAUCAACGAAAGACUCGGACGUCUUGAAGAUGCGCAAGCACAACGGCCUGCAACUUCUUCAAACGCGAGUCUAGUACAGAUCCAUCAUCCUGCCGCUGUCAUGCCCGCAGUUCCACCACCCGCCACUGCGUCAGCGCUUGCUGGAUGCCUGCUCAACUGGUACACAAAUUACAUCUGGCAAAGGGUUAAGGGAAAGCAGGAACAGAACAAGCGUGCAGAGGCAAAAGCGAUAAUGAAUAUUAUGGUGAUGCUUUGCCAUAAGACCUUCAGCAUACCUCCAGAUCCCACAUGUAGCGAUACGGCGUUCGUGGCUGCUUACCGAAGUUGGAAAAGUUCGCUCUGGACACUUGGAGAGGCGAUGGACAACGCUGUAAACAAUCGCAUCCAUUCGAUCGACAACAAAAAGCCCACUCGAAAAGCUCCAUCGCUUCAUAUGCGAUGGAAGCAGCUGAAAACGUUGCAUCCUGACGCUGUCAGCGGACUGGGCACCCAAUACCUACGCAUGAAGACAAACGGACAGAUUAUCGAUGCUUGUACACCCAUAACUCGCCUGUGGGAUGCCAAAGAGAUGUCCUACUGA